GGAUAGUGCAAUUAAUUUUAGGGCACGCCCAGUUUAAAAGUCCCGAAAUCCUGUUUCUAACUGUAGAACAGCCCAAGAGGAGGACGGUGCUGGUGUGUGUGGAGUGGACGGCGGGGCAGAAGCCGCCUGCCUGUGGACCGCAGGCGGGUGAAGGGCUAGCUGAGUACAUGGUGACAGCCUGUAAUGGCCUCUAGGACUGUUGAUGUUUGGAUAAUUUUUCAAAUGCCUCAAUAUGCAUAAAGCAUGGGGUUGAUUAACAAGGUGGAGUACUGAGCAAAUGCUUACAAAAAGAGUUAAACCGACCUCCCACAAACAUGGCAGACGAGGACCUUAUUUUUCGUAUGGAAGGGAUUGAUAAUGCUAGAUCGACUACAGCGAAUUCUGGAAAUUAUCUUGAUGCUGAUAGUGAUGAUGAAGACAAUUAUUUUAUCUGUCCAAUAACUGAUGAUCCAGUUUCUAACAAGUCUGCUAGUAUCAAAGUUGACAAUUAUUAUAGCAACUUAGCAAAAACUGAACAGUACAGUUCAAGCUCUUCUCCUAGAAACUCUUUUAGCUUUAAGAAUGACACACAGCAUCGUUCUAAGCACGGCUCUGUGGUUGACCAUAGUCGGGAAACCUGGAAACAUGCUAUUCAGAAAGCUAAGCACAUGCCUGAUCCGUGGGCAGAAUUUCAUCUUGAGGACAUUGAGAUGGAACAAGCCACUCGUUACAGGUACAAUGCAGUUACUGGGGACUGGGUUGAAGAUGAAGUUCUCAUCAAGAUGGCUUCACAACCUUUUGGCCGUGGAGCAAUGCGAGAGUGUUUCAGAACGAAAAAGCUGUCCAACUUCUUACACACGCAGAACUGGAAAGGUGCCUAUAACUAUGUUGCCAAGCAAUAUAUAGAGAGUGUGGGCAGGGAUGUGUAUUUUGAGGAUGUCCGACUUCAGAUGGAAGCAAAACUCUGGGGAGAAGAGUACAACCGGCACAAGCCACCAAAACAGGUGGAUAUAGUACAGACCUGUAUUAUCGAAAUGAAGAACAGACCUGGAAAGCCUCUCUUUCAUCUGGAACAUUACAUUGAGGGCAAAUACAUCAAAUACAACUCAAAUUCUGGAUUUGUGCGAGAUGACAAUAUUCGUCUUACUCCGCAAGCCUUCAGUCACUUCACCUUUGAGCGCUCAGGACACCAACUCAUUAUUGUUGAUAUCCAGGGAGUUGGAGAUCUUUACACGGACCCUCAGAUCCAUACAGAGAAUGGUACAGAUUUUGGAGAUGGCAACCUAGGUGUUCGAGGUAUGGCCUUGUUCUUUCAUUCUCAUUCCUGCAACAAGAUUUGCAAAAGCAUGGGGCUUGCACCAUUUGAUCUUUCAUCCAAAGAGAAAGAUGCCUUGGACUGUAAUAAAAAAUUGCUUGAAUCUGCUCAAACAAUUCUCCGUGGCACAGAGGAAAAAUGUGGCAGCAGCCGGGUGAGAACAGUGUCUGGUAGCCGGCCUCCUCUGCUCUUCCGCCUGUCUGAAAACUCCGGAGAUGAAAGCAUGAGCGAUGUAGCAUUUGACUCUCUACCCUGCUCUCCUUCCUCAGCAACCCCUCACAGUCAAAAGAUGGACAUGCUUAAUUGGCCUGUGUUCAAUGAAGUAGAUAACUUGGUUCAUAAAGACUAUGAUCAGCUUGAUAACCAAAGGGAUUUUGAAAAUGGUGGAGACAGUGGAUAUCCCAGUGAAAAGAGAAGUGAGCUAGAAGAUCUGGAUCAUAGAGAGAGGGGCCAUUCAAACAACAACCGAAGACAUGAAUCUGAUGAAGACAGUUUGGGAAGCUCUGCAAGGAUCAGUGUGGAGAAAUGGAAUCUCUACAACUCUUCCAGAGUCCACAUCCACAGACCGUCCUGUGUUGCCCAAGAAAUUCAGAGGCUCAAUGCACUAGAACUUGAAAAGAAAAUUGGGAAGUCAGUCCUUGGGAAGGUUCAUUUGGCCAUGGUUCGCUAUCAUGAAGCUGGGCGUUUCUGUGAGAAGGACAAGGAAUGGGAUCAGGAGUCAGCCCUGUUUCACCUGGAGCAUGCUGCAGACUGUGGGGAGCUGGAAGCCAUCGUUGGGUUAGGACUCAUGUGCUCUCAGCUGCCACAUCACAUUCUUUCUGAGGUCACUCUGGAGGACACAAGGGAGAACAGAAAUAAAGGAUUUGAUUACUUGCUGAGAGCAGCAGAAGCUGGAGACCGACCUUCCAUGAUUCUGGUAGCAAGAGCAUAUGAUACAGGUGUAAAUCUUGGUUCAGACAGAGUACAGGAUUGGAAGGAGGCGCUGUACUGGUACAAUGCUGCACUGAAUAUGACCGACUACGAUGAGGGAGGUGAAUAUGAUGGCACUCAGGAUGAGCCCCGGUAUCUGCUCCUGGCCAGGGAAGCAGAGAUGUUAAUGAUAGGAGGGUUCCACCUGAAUAAGGAUCCACAGAGAUCAGGUGAUCUGUACACAGAAGCAGCAGAAGCAGCAAUGGAAGCCAUGAAAGGCAGAUUGGCAAAUCAGUACUACCAAAAAGCAGAAGAGGCUUGGGCGAUGAUGGAAGAAUGACACUGCAAUUAAGCAGUUCUUGUAUAUAAUUUUUUUAUAGACUUGCUGUAUUUGCAGCUAAAAAGAUGUAUUUUUAUGUGAUGUUACCAGUUUCUUUUUUUGUAUUUUAGUUUUCUAAUUUUUUUUUGAGGGGAGAAAUCCAAAUAUAAGUGGUAUGUAGGGUGCCGUAGCGUACUUCUGCUAGUGUUUUAAAGCUGUAAUACAGACACACUUGACUUUUUGUAUUUUUUUUAACUGUUAGAACUGAGGGUCCUAGUUUUUUUGAUGAAAAAUGAAGCUGAUGUUUGUUUAGGUUUCACAUGUCCUGUUUUUUACGCAGCAAAUGAUCAGUGUGUUUACAUUUUUCUUUUCCUCCCCACAUACAGAAAAACAUUUUCCUAAAUUCUCAGCAUUUCUUCAUAAUUUUUGGUGUAUCUCACCAAAUUUUCAUGUGAAUGUAUAUUUUUCAAUUUAAGCGUGCAGCUACUCAUUUUAAUAAGUAGUCCCAUUCUAUUACACUGGUGUUGUUGGGGGCUUCUGUUACUCUUCCCAAACGAAUUCCAGAUAGAAUCCUUACACUUUGGGGAGGGGCGGGGAAGAUGCUUCAGAUUGGCAGUGAGGAUAUUCAGGGUGGAAUAUGUUUUAUUCAUUACCAACAUUGCAUAUUUACCAUCAGAAAAUCACUGAUGUUCCUGAUGAGGUGAGGCAUCUAGCUACCUCUCUCAUUUUCACAUUUUGCACCAUAUAAUAAACUAGUUGUAUAAAAUUCUACUGAUCUUAUGAUAUUUGUCCAAUGAUGUACAGUAGCAAGAUCUGUAAUAUAUGGGUAACUUGAAGUUAUUUUUACAGUGACAUCUCAUUUCUCAGUGAAGCUAGAUCAUCUCAUUUAAAAUGAGAAUACACUUUCCACCAUUUCCAGAGCGAUGUUUGAAAAGGUUAGAGGAUGUUGAUUCACCUGUUUCUAUGUAUAGAAAAUAAUUUAUCUGGUUUAGAUAGCUUUUAAAAUAGUGUUUUAUCUGCAAAUGGUUUCAAACGACGGUUAGAGAAAAUUGCUGGUUAAAAAGAGAAGACAAUAUUAUCCCCAAACACUUGAAUUUCUGUGUCCUGUUUGCAUAAUCCUAACCAGUAAUGGGAGGAUAAAAUUAUGGUGGUGGUUGAAUUAUCAUUGCAUAGAAGUAAGUUUCUUCCAAAUCCAGUAUUUUAUUCUGAAGCUGCUGUGCCAUCUAUACGGAUAGUACAGAAGCUGUUCCUAUUUCUUGGUCGUGGUUAACAGUCGUUUCACAGGAGAUUAAGACGGAAGCUUUUGCCUUCUUGGCCUUACAGUGUCCUGAGGGUGUAAAUUGAUGUGAAUAAGGGGCAGUCCCUGUGAAGUGCUGAAUGACCUAUGAUGCUCACCAGCCUCACUUUAGCCAAGCUUUUAAAAGCAUGCUUAAAACUACGCAGUCUACUAGAUGAUGCAGUUGAUUUCAUUGGGACUUCUUGCAUGCAUAGCCAAGUAAUAUUACUUUCUUGUAAAAUGCAGAACCCGUUCAAGGAACAGAAAUCAGUUCUUCCUUUCCUGUGCGAGUGCCCAUCACUGGGCUCCACAGUUGUGCUCCUCAUUUACUCUCUUUCUGGCAAGUGGAUCUUGAAUUGUUGUUUAAACAGUAUCCAAGCAUGAUGUUAGUAACAACUGCCACUGUCUGAAAGAGGUGAUAUCCUGGUGGUUAAGGAAGUGAGAUGGGAAGGUUUGAAUCCUUUCUAGGAGAGAAGGAAAAGUUAUCCUCGGAUGUCAUACUUCUGGGUGGGUGCUGUAACCACCAGGCAGUUGUAGCUGCGAGUAGCCUUGCAACACAUGGCCGCAUCUUCUUGCUGUAUAAUUCAGGGGGUUUGGGAAAGUAGUGCUCAUGGCUGCCUUUUUAUUUUGUGUUUUGUUUUGAAGUGAAGGUGAAGCUCUUCAAUCCAUUAAUGGAGGAAUGUCUAAUUUCUAGAUCUCAGUUGGGCUUAGGUAGAUAUUAAGCUAGGUACUAAAAUAACCAAAUUUUUGGACCCAAUAUGCUGAAAUAGAUCCAGAGUUUGUAGGAUCGCAAAUCAGAUGGAUGUUUUAAGCGCCUAUCCAAAGUUCUGCUUUAGGUGCCUAAAGCCUCUUUUGGAUGUGGCCUUUUUGUUCUUUCAGUUCAUAGCAUUAAAAUAUCAGCUCUCAAUGAAAAGUGAAUGUGCCAUUCACCUCUGAAGACAGCUGAAUAGUCGGAGUGUUUUGUGCAGAACCGAUACAGUGUAGGCACUGUAACAAAUUCAGACAAAACGAUUUGUUUUCCUGAUGAGGUGUUGAUGCCAGGUCUUUGAGAUUUUUCCUUGAGAAGGAAGCAUGUGUAACAGCACCACCAACCACGCAGGGAGGAGAGGAGAUUGAAUGUACCCGUCCAAAAUGUGUACGUAAAGGAUGUAGAGUGUAAUUAGUGACACUUUUUGGUGUAGUUUAAUUUGCUAAAUUCAGUAGUUGCUAAAGUUGCUGACAGUUCUCUGUAGAUCUGGUAUGUAAAUGUGCACACAGCUCAGUGAAGAAGUUAUGAUGAUUAAUCCUUUGUUUGCAAAUACUACUCUUUUUAGUGAUGUAGCCUACCUUCUGUCCUCAGGUGGUAUCAUAUUUAGCUAUACAAUAAAUAGGACUGUCAAUAAUUUGAAAAUGGAAAUUGUUUACAGAAAUAUGCACAACUUAUUCUAUGACAUUCUUUUGAAGAGAAAAACUAUAUAUUUGACAGACUUUUGGAAUUAUAUUGCUAUAUGCUGUAUUUUUAAUCUAUUCACAAUGAAUAAAUAAAAAUGUGUAUUUUUAAAAAAUGUGAAAAUAAAUCUGAGGCUCAGCCUGCCAGACCUUACCCGGGUUCAGUGUUUCCGGAUGCCAGUGGGAAUAUUGCUUGGGUGAGGACAGUGAGACGGAAGCCUUUGUUUGUAUGGCAGACAUGCAAAUACUGAUUGCCUGCAUCACUUAGUCCUCUCAUUCACUUUGUCUGGUUUCAUUCUGGUUGGUCAAUAAAGCUGUUCUUUUUGUCA